AUGGGAUUUGUAGAGUCUAGUUUGUGUUUGAAUACGCAGAAAGGAAGUGAAAAGAAGGCUGGGAGCGGAAGAGACAUUGGAACUCAAUGGGUUGACAUGAUUUUUCUUUAUUUAUUGUUGGGUGUCGUCUCUGCAUCAGUACUGCAAUAUGAUCCACGAACGACGUUGACCUCAUUACUCUCUAAACGGUUGUCGUUGCCGUCGUACUUAAUGUCUCACUAUGACAAAAGAACAUUGGAUUUCGAUGACCCAAGGUUGUUCUCUUCAGCGUUUGGCAAAAGAAGUGGAUUUCCUGCCAGAUCGCUUAGCUUCCAAAUCGUGAAACGAUCCCCAUACUUUGGCUCUGAUGAUUCUGAAGACACAUACGAGAAACGGGAUGGUAUGGAAUUGAUGGAUCCGAGGUUUUUCACGAACUCAUUCGGCAAGCGCUCAGAUUUCCUGUUUGAUGACCCAAGGUUUUCGUCAGUGUCGUUCGGUAAGCGACGAUGA